AUGUAUGGAAAGUUCUCAGUACAGGCCCCGCCGCCCCGACCUCCACCUCGUCAUAUUGAAGGCUGGCCCGCUGGAGUGCCUCAGCCAAACGAAGCCCCAGUGAACGGCAUCAACAGGGUGGUCAUUAGUGAGACAAAUAGGAAUCCCAACGUCCAUUGGCCUUCGGUUCCUAUUGACCCAGCCGUGGACCGCAGAUUCCACUUGCUUGCAUCUGCUAUCAACAUUGGCCUGGAGUGGCAUGAGACUGAUCGCGGGCGAUCUGUACUCAGAAGGCUGGGCCGAGAAGUUUUGGCUCACUGGGCCCGCCGGGGCUAUGCGCUUCCUCAACCUGUUGAUCCCAACACCCUGGACCGCCGUGUCAACUACUUUCUCGCAAAGAUGCGUCAGGCAUUUCCAAGCAUCUGGAUUUCACCAGAGCUGCGCGCUGGUAGCAUCGCCUCGACCGAGAAAUUCCCUGAGGGGGCCGGACUUGUUUUGGACGAUUUCAGGCCGCCCCAGGCAUACUGUAUCAAGGUUAACGAGAGUAUCGUCAACUCCAUGGCUCGGAACGACACCGAGUUCUGGAGGCCGAUCGGACGAAAGGAGAAGCAGGCCGACUACGAUCAAGCCAAGGCGAAGGCUUUCACGAGACAUCAACGGUUCCAAUUCAUCUUCGCUACAGCAGCAUUCCAUGAGCUCUGCCACUGUUUCAUUGGAUACCUUGCUCAGUCACCUCACGAGAACACCCCAAAGCGCGUUACCUACCUUGACUACGCCCAGGAUGGCGGGGGCGAGUCAGGACGCUGGGCGGAGCGUGCGUUCUUUGGCGGCUCGAUGGAGUUCUACAUUGACCCGCAAGAUGGCCUCGAGCACAUCUACAUCCUUGAAGAGGAUGAGGUUGCGUGGCAAAUAUUGCCUCAGACUAUUCGCGAGUUCAUCAGCGAACCUAGACACGUCACUGCAGCCCCGGCGAUCGCAUCCCAAGGGGUGAAAAGGAGUCAGCGCAUCAGCCGUCGCUUUCGACCACUGGGUCAUAAUGUGUCACCACCUGCUUCCAUCGCCACAACGAGGACUAUGAUGGCGCUGGACGCGAUUAGAACCUCGAAGCGCUAUAACCUCCGCAUCCAAGAGCUGAGAAUGCUGCCUCGAGACCCAAGGGUUACACUUGUGGCUGUACGGGCAUGA